GCCGCGGGCCGCGGCACUUCGCUGGGCCGCGCGGAUCGACGGGGUGAGGUGAGAUGCGCGGCGAGGUGCGCGCACCGCCCGCUGCCCUCGUGCUGCAUCCUGCCUCCGCAGCCACUCUCAGGCCGUGCCUGCUCUGCCGGCCCGUCCGGUCUGGCGGAGCACCGAGUGUCCAGAUAGCGUCCUUCUUUUGGGCUCCCGCGCAGUCAAAGCGAGGAACGAGGUGCUGCGAGAGAGCGCCGCGGCGCGCGCGCAGCAUGAAAGACGCCGCGUCAUGCUGCUGCUGCUGACCUCCCGAGACCUCGCGCUCGCGCUCAAUCAGAUCCUGUCGCCCGCACCCUUGUUUCUUCCUCACCCCCACCACCUCCUCACCCCGCCCUACCCCGCAUUUCCCGACCGCACACUCCAGUCCCACCCCUGUCGUUCGCCCUCUGCGGCAGAAGCAGCACCCCCUUCGCUCUCGCCUCUCCGACGCUACUCCGACGGCGCCGCGUCAGAACACGCCGCGCGCGCUCGCCCUUCGCAGCUGCCCGCCAUGCAGCAGCCGCACGACGGCAACUAUGGCUACGGCACCCCCAGCAUGGGCAUGUACCCCAACGGACAGCAGCAGGCCAGCCCGCUGGGCGCGUACAGCUUCCCGGCCGCGCCUGUAGACUUCUACGGCGCCGGCGGCAGCAGCAACGGCGGCCCCUCGGCGCCGUACAUGCCUCAGUCGUCCUCGUCGCAGUCUCCUGUGUAUCCGUCGAACGGGCGCCCGCUCGCCUCUCCCGAGCAAGGGUCGACUGACGGCAACGGCUCGCCCACGGCGCCGAAGCCGUCGGCGGCGAAGCGCAGCAGCGGCGCCAAGAAGAAGAGCAGCAAGGCGUCGGCAGCUGACGCUGCAGCGGCGGCAGCAGCAGCUCAGGCAGAGGAAGAGCACGACGAUGAGGCGGACGGCAAGCGCCGGCGGGUGCAGCGAGCCUGCGACAGCUGUCGCAAGAAGAAGUGCGACGUACGGGCACGAGUGUACCUUUGUGGAUGCAGCAAAACGCCGCGCUCCGCCUCGCAGCUACUGCGACGCGCUCGAGGCGCGCAUGGAGCGCAUGGAGCAGGUGCUUGCUCAGCUCGCGCCGGGUGUCGACUUCACCGACCGCAUCGGUCCGAUGCCCCGCCUGCCGGGCGAGGAAGGCGACGAGAAGCCGGCCUCGGCGGGAGUGCAGCCACAAGGCGCCAUACUGCCCGUCUCCGUCGCACUUGGCGCCCGAGACGCAAGCGCAGGGCCACGAGACCCUGCCGCGGCGCGCGCGCUCAACGGGCUCAAGAGCGAGGACGAGGACGACGAGGACGAAGAGGAGAACGAGGACAUCGCAUACAUCUCGCAGCAGUUCACCCCGGCAUCCAACAGAUCGCGCACCGGCACCGCGCUGCAGGUGGACUCCUGCCCGGCGAUCAGCAUCGCGUCCGGACCGCUCAGCUGGGCCGACGCCAAGUUCAUCGGCCGCGGCGGACAGGUCGGGCCGAACGGCGCCCCCGUGUCGGACGGCAGCGCCUUUCUCGGCAAGGCGUCGGACUUCCACCUCAUUGAGCUGCUCGACCGCAUCACCUUCAAAACGAUGCGAACUGGAACGAGACGGACGAGGACCUCUUCUGGCCAGAGCCCGACCUCGAGGCGCGGCUCAUCGACGCCUACUUUGCGCGGCCGCACCACGACUUCCCAGUGGUCAACGAGCUGCAGUUCCGCAAGGACCACGCGGGGCC